AAAAAAGGAGAGAAUGUUUUAUUACUAUUUAAUAUUAUUAUUAAUUAUUUCUUUAUUUUCUUUAAAUAAUUCUCUUAAAUGUAAAAUGGCUUUGAUUAGCAAUGAAGUAGCUAAUGAUGUUACUGAAUUGUCUAAUAAAAAAAUUCUUUCUCAAAUGAUUGAUACAGAAUGCGAUAAAAAUGACAAUUAUUGUGUUACAUAUACAGAAAUAACUACAUUAAAUGCUACAGAAAAUUUUCUUUUACAUUCCUGUGAAAGUUUAUGGAGAGAUAAUAUUAAAAAAGCGAGACUUCGCCAGGGAUUUGAGAGUGAUACUUACACCUGUGAAACAACAGACGGGGAAACACAUUCAAUGCAGGCUACAAGAACUCUUGCCUCCGGUGUUAAAGUCUCUGGAAGAGUUCGUUAUUCUCUUAAUUGUUGCGACACUGACCUUUGCAAUGCGUAUGUACUUUCUGGACUUAGAUAA